AUGUCGGCGAGACCCGAGGAGGCGGGACCAGCUGCUGAUCUCCUCUUCGACGCCUUUCAGUUCGUGUUCUCCCCUGCUGGCUUCGCGAGCUUGGGAGGAGUCGUUGUCCUGGCGUUUCUAUGGGACCUGGUGACAGCCUCGGAUGGGAGAAACUUGCUGGGCCAGAAAGAGGCAACGUCGAUCUCUCUUCUCGGUCAGGAAUACAACGUCAGGGAUAUCGACAGGGAGUCCAGGUUUGUUCUGCAGUUCUCGGCGACGACGGACGGUUUCUACGAGAGCCCCAACGGAGGUACGGAAAAGGUGCAAGCGGGAGUGCAGUAUGUCGAGGAGUUCGAUCGACUCUCCUCUUGCGUUGCCCUCUCGCGCUCCAUCCAGAGCCGAUUCGGGAAGGACAAAGUUCGUUUCAAGACCUUCGAAGGUCGCUUUGACAUGCCGUUGUCGGGGGGCAGAGGAAGGGAGAAGAAAGGAAGGAGGGACGAGCGAGGGGGGGGGGGGGGGGGGGGGGGGGGCGGAGCGGAUGCUGAUGAGGAGGGCACAACAGUGCGGCCCAACGGAGAUUGGAUCGAAAGGACUGCUUCUUCCUCAAAGGAGCUGCCGCCCAUUGGGCGAACUGAAAAGUCGCCGGAAGCCCCCGUAGGAGGGAGUGAGUCAGACGCGGGUCUGUCCCAAGAGCCCAUCGACAAGGCGUGGAGGGAGUACAUGGACUCCAUGAAGCUGACCUCGAAGAAAGGUCUGGAGAACGUUGAGAUCCGGUACAUCACGGGAGAGAACGCGUGUAGGCUUUGCAACGGGAAAGGGAUCGUCGGCAAGUGCUCCACGACCUCGUCAGCGAAAGCGGAGGAUGCGGUGGAAGGCAAGUCUACGGGCUGCGAGACGUGUGGGGGCAAGGGAGUCGUGCCAUGCUCGUGGUGCGGCGGGACGGGGAUGCGCGCGGAGAGCAGAUAG